AUGGGUAUUUUAGGUUUAAAUAAAUUGUUAUCAGAUGUAGCACCUAACGCAAUCAAAUUUAGUGAUAUUAAAAAUUAUUUUGGGAGAAAAAUUGCAAUUGAUGCCUCCAUGACGUUAUACCAAUUUUUGAUUGCUGUCAGAAGCGAAGGAGCUCAAUUAACAGAUUCUUCCGGUGAAACAACAUCUCAUUUAAUGGGAACAUUUUAUCGUACUAUUCGAAUGGUGGAAAAUGGUAUAAAGCCCGUGUAUGUGUUUGAUGGAAAGCCACCUGAAUUGAAAUCUGGAGAGUUAAGUAAAAGAGCUGAGAAAAGGGAAGAAGCACAAAAAGCUUUGGCUAAAGCAGAAGAAUCAGGUAAUACUGAAGAAGUUGAUAAAUUUUCACGUAGGUUAGUCAAAGUUACCAAAGAUCAUGUAGCUGAAUGCAAAGAACUUUUAAAAUUAAUGGGAAUUCCUUACAUAGAAGCUCCAUGCGAAGCCGAGGCUCAAUGUGCUGCUUUGGUUAAAGCUGGAAAAGUGUAUGCCACUGCUACAGAAGAUAUGGAUGCUUUAACUUUUGGUUCCAAUAUAAUCUUAAGACAUUUAACAUUUAGCGAAGCUAGGAAAAUGCCAGUUCAAGAAAUAUAUUUAGAUAAAGUUUUGGCUGAAUUAGAAAUGACUCAAAAUGAGUUUAUCGAUUUGUGCAUUUUACUCGGAUGCGAUUAUUGUGAUUCUAUAAAAGGAAUCGGUCCAAAAAGAGCCAUAGAGUUAAUUAAAAAACACAAAAGCCUGGAAAAAAUAUUAGAAAAUUUAGACAGUGGUAAAUAUGUGGUACCAGAAGAUUGGAUUUUUCAAGAAGCAAGAAAAUUAUUUAUCAAUCCAGAUGUUUGCGAUGCGAGUAAUGUCGAGUUAAAAUGGAAUGAACCUGAUACUGAAGGAUUAGUAAAAUAUUUAUGCGGUGAUAAAUUAUUUAACGAAGAAAGAGUUAGAAAUGGAGCAAAAAAAUUAUUAAAGGGAAGAACGGGACAAACACAAGGAAGACUGGAUACUUUUUUUAAAGUGAUAUCAACAUCUCCUGCAAAAAAACGAAAGGUUGAAGAAAAAUCAAAGCCUACAAAAAAAAGUAAAACAGGAGGAGCUGGAAGAGGACGUGGAAGGGGAAAAUAA